GUACAGUGGUGAUGAAGUAUUAAAAGGCAAGCAAAAUUUACCUCACGGCUAGCUUUAAACAGAGAUAAAAAGUUAAAACGUGUAGCCAGAAACGUUACAGGAUUUUGCUACAAAAAACAGCUCUUUAUCACCCCAACAAAUCGGCGCGGUUGACUUUUAUUUUCUCCAGCUGUUGUAGCUACGCUAACGUUAGCCUAUCUAGCACAGCAUCCCCGAGCCUAGCUUACUAGCUAACGGUAGCCUGUCUGUUGUUGUGUUGCUGUGAUUUCGUCCCGACAAGCGCCGAAGCAAGAAAACGGAAGAACAUGACGCAGACCGCCGGUGUCCAGUCUUGGUGCCUGGGGGUAACGUUACAGUUGAUUUUAGCUGUCGUCCUGCACCAAAGUUUUGCUACUGUUGCCCCGCUCACAACGGCCCAAACCACUGCUGCACCGCACAAAGACAUCGGCAGACCUGAAAGAGGAAACUACCAGGUCAUCAGCAGCAAUGGUACCGUCUGUUUACUGGCAUCCAUGGGUCUCCAGUUCAACAUCACCUUCAACUCUCUCUCCCAGAAUAAGACUGUGCAGGAUGUUGUGAACCUUCAGCCCAAUGCGACGAAGUCCUCUGGAUCAUGUGACUCAGAGAGCGCCUCCCUGCGUAUCACAGCAGAUGCAGAGAAGACCAACCUCACCCUUUUCUUCACCCUGAAUACUACAUCCAAUAAGUACCACCUGAGUGAAGUGUCUCUGUCAGCAGCCUGGCCGGACAUGAAAGAGCCCUUCUCAGUCAAGAACCGCAGCCUGGACUACCUGCGGGGCACCCUGGGGUUCUCAUACAUGUGCCGCGAGGAACAAACUCUGAACGUGGCCAAGGAUUUGUCCAUCAACACCUUCCAGUUGCAGGUGCAGCCCUUCGGUCUCACCGGAGAUCGGUUUGGAGCAGCUGAGGAAUGCCAGUUGGAUGAAGAUGACAUGUUGAUCCCCAUCAUAGUCGGAGCAGCUUUAGCAGGUCUUGUUCUCAUCGUGCUCUUGGCCUACCUCAUUGGCAGGAAGAGGAGCCAUGCUGGCUACCAGACCAUCUGAGGUCACCUGUCGCUGGAGCGCGCUAUCCCCACCCCUGAGAUUAACCACUGUUUUAUGACACUUAACACUCCUCCCUUUCCUCUAUUCCUACAUCCUUAAUAGCCCCAUGUGUGUGCAGUUUUUUGCCCUCAUCAGUAACACUAGUCAUUAUCACAUUGUGGAAGUUGAUAUGCUCUUUCUGAACUGACCCACUCUGUCAUAACAAAACUACUUUGUUUGGAGAUUGAAAUGAAAUGAGGAAAAACUGGUACCAUGUAAAGCAGGGGUGUGGAUGUUGAUCAAAGGGUCCAUGGGAGUCCUCACAUUGUGUUGUACUAUUUAUGAUUUCUGUGAAAGGAAUUUUGAGGGAUUGUAGAAUUUGAGGGAAUCGCUCCUGUAGCUUUUCUUAUUGUUAAUCUGCUUUAGGGGGGGACCAUUUUAGUGGUCUUGCCUUAAAUGAGGUUUGUUAAUACAAAGGGAAUAUUUCUGGCUGUUUAACUUAAUCCACUUGAGAGAGUAAAAAAAAAAAAUCUGACUGUUGCAACUCUACAUGUAAGUCAAGUAUGCAUGUUUUAGGGAAAACACUAAAAACACAGUAACCUGCUCCUGAAAGUUAGUUAAGAUGCAUUUAGGAAAUGAUUUUGCUCACUGUUAUUAGUGCUGAUAUGUCCUCCCGUCUCACAUAAAGGUACUCAACACAUUUUGAAUGGAAUCCAUAGCUGCAGUGGUCAGCUUUGUAAGAAUAUUGUAUUUGGGCUGAAGUGUUUUUUUUUCUUUUCUUUUUUUUACCACUUUAUUUAAAGGAAUAACAUUUUGGGAAACAGGCAUAUUUAGGGUUAGAUGAGAAGAUACCACUCAUAUUUGCUUAAUGGAAAGCUACAGCCAGCAGGCAGUUAGCCUCGUUUAGCACAAAGACAGGAAAGAUAACAAAAUCUGUCUGCAAGGCUCACUGAUCAUCAUGUUCUGUUUAGUUUGUUUACACAAACACGAAGUGUAAAAACGACACGUGGUUUCACAGGGGGUUAUGUGACAAACUAUUUCAGUAAAAUAAGUGUGUCACAUAACCCCCUGUAUAACCACAACAUAUUUAUUCUCAUAUUUACAGUACAGACAUGAGUGGUAUUGAUCUUCUCAACUACCUCUCGGCAAGAAUGUGAAUUUCCCAAAAUAUCAAACCAUUCCUUUACAUCAUAGUAGCCACUCUUUUGGAUUUUGCUGUUACAAUGUGCACAACUGGAGUUGCUUAAACCAUUAAAAACUGUACUGUUGGUUUAGGAAGAUGGAUAAUCUCAGGACAUCACUGUAAGAUCAUGAUGAGUGUUAUAGUUCGCUGGGUGGUUUUGUUUGUUUCUUUUUGUUCCCUGAAUAUGGGCCCACUUGGGAUUUUGUUUGCUGAAGGGAAAGAAGUUGCACUAAAGUCCUGAGAAACGGCCCCAUGUAAUGAUUAAAGUGACCAAAAUGCUCUGGUCAUUGUUCAUCAGUGCCUUCCCAGCUGUAAGAUAGAUGGGACUGAAGUAAAGCCAAUAGCACAGAGGUACUUGCUCACUGACACUGUGUGCUGCCAUGUUUGGGACAUUUUCUCAUUGUCUCACGUAGCCUUCAUGUACUGUUAGUACUGUAGAUAUGCAUUUUUGAUGUAUCUUUUUUCCGCUCUGUGAUCUAUAUAGCCAUGUAAUGAUUUAAUAAGGUUUUAAUGUAUUUGUUUGAACUGUUUUCUAAAGCAGAGGUCAAUAAAAGUGAAUGAAUGAG